AUGGAGGUCGCCAACGCUGUUGCUUCCAUCAUCUCAGCGCUAGGUAAUGGAAAGGACCUCUUCCGUCGAAUGCUGGGCAAGAAGCCCAAGCGCAGAGGUCCAGGCAGGAAGCCAACACUGUCCGAAGAGGAAGCUUGGCUACGGGAAUCGCUGACUCGAAGUCCCGAAUCAAUACGGACCUCCUUGAGCCAGAAUAUCUCCCGUCAUGGCAGGAGGUUCGAAGUUGGUGACGAAACGGCGAGCUCGAGCUUAGGCCACAUUCUGCUGGUAUUGAACUCCGGAUUGAUGGCUUUGAUUGACAAAGUGCUCCACGGCAAGGACGGCAAGUUCGACUCGGCCGAAUCAAAUCGUGUGCUACGGCACCUCAGUGAGAACGCCACUAGGGAGACCUUGAGCGCCAUGAGCGAGUUGAGUCUGAGGCUUGCUGGAGAUGUGCCGGCACCGAGAGUAUCUAGCCAGGAAGGCCCUCGUCGGAAGAAGCACAAGCAAAGGGCCGAGACAAGGGACAUGAAACAGCCAGCGAUCGACAGCAAGAAGCCGGUCACCGCUGUACGAGGUGCCUGGGUUCGUCCAGUGAAAAGCUCUGGCUCACAGUCAGUCGCGAGUAUUGCUUCGAUCGCUACUACUACAAAAGCGACGAAGAAGAAGGCUGGACAAGAGCCUUCAUCACGCCACCGGCAUCACAGGUCUCAGCCGAAUUUCCAUGAGAAUCCAGAUGCUAGCGCACACGGCAAAGUCCACCCCAGACCAGCAAAACCCUCCCCUGCACGCCCUCCAGAGCCAAGCAUGCUCUUAGUCUCUUCCGAAAUUUUCCUGCCCAAGACGGCGGAGCACGAUUACCACGACCGGAACCACGCCCCACAACGAAGGAAACACCACCACGCAUCCCGGCCACCGAGACCCGUAUCAUCAGCAACGUUCAUGACCGCAAGUACCAAGAUCGGCGAGAUCCCGCCUUCGCGCCUCCUCCCAACGAAUACCGCCACUCCUCAGGCUGCUGUCGUGGAUGAGCCUCGGCUGUUGCAGUAUCUUACUGAUCAAGACCGUAUUGUGCUCGAUCUGAAUAGUGCUCCUAAGAAAUUGAAACGAGGAUUCAAGUUCUGGAAGCGCCCGCAGGAGGAGCAAGAACUAUAUAAUACUGCUGCAGUGCAUUAA